AUGACGACCACUUCUUUUAGAGAAGAUACAAGUGCAUCCUCUUCCGUGGAAGGAAUACCAGUUAGUGUCAAUUCCCAACUUCAAUUAGCCCAACAACAAGCCCAACAAAACGGCAAUACUGGCUCCAUCUAUCUUUCUGAAAGUGCCCACAACACAGCAACAAACACCAGUAGCUCAGAUGGCUAUUCCAUGGCUGCUCAUACUGUUGAUAUGGUCACGAAGAUGAUUGUUUCUUUGGAAGAUAGACAAGUUAAAAAGGGUUGGAAGUUGUACAUUGUUUAUUUAUUCAUGUAUGCUCAUUUGAUUUGGACACAAAUGAUGACACCAACCAUUCGUGAUUAUCAAUGGGGUCAAUACGGUGCGUAUGUGUUCCAAGUGUUGAACUUUCCCACCACAUUUCUUUUGGACAUGAUUCCAUACAAAGCAAAUGUAGUGUUGGCUUGUAUUGUGGCCUUCUUCAUUCUCUUGAAUGUGGUUCUGUUUGGUCUUGCACUGAGAUUUACCAUGAAGCCUAGCAAGUAUUUCAAGAAAUUGAAAGAAGCUCUCAGGUUUAUCAGCUUUUUCUUGAGAACAUUUUCUUUGACAAUUCUGUUCAUUUUACUGGGAUUUUUCGAUUGUGACGUGAAUAGUUUGAUCACGGUCACAAUUACUUCUGCUGGAUCAAGUACUGUGAGCCAAAUGGCUCCGUUGAACCGAUUUCCUGGCAAUGCAUGCACAGAGUCAAAUAAUGCAAUCAUGAUGGCGAUCAGUGCAGUUGCUGUACUCUCCUUAUUGAUUCUAUUUCCUCUUUCUGAACUAAUUUUAACCAAUUCUAACCCUCUCAGCAAGGUACCUUUGAUAAGAGAUAACUCGUUGGUAGUAAUGCUUGUAGGAGAACUUUCCAUGUUGCAAUUAGUGGUAUCUUUUGUAAUUCCAAAACAAUUCUCAUACGCCUCUGCUGCUUUCAAUGUGAUCACAAGUGUUGUAUCAUGUGGCAUCUUUUUCUACUUUAUUCCUUUUUUGAGAAGAUAUGACAAUUCAUUGUACUUUGGGGCAUGUUGCGGUAGAGUUGGAGCAAGUAUUGGUUCCUUAAUCUCCUCAGCAGCAAAUAUAGACUCUGAUUUGCCAGCAUUUAAUGACAUGGGUGGAGGAUAUACAGGCAUGACAUUGGGUCUGAUCAUGACCAUGUUCGUUGCAGGAACAUGUUUUAUGGAGCUUUAUCUAAGAUUUCAUGCAAAGAAAAUGAGAGACUAUUUGAUGAACUCGGUAGUAACAUCUCAGACAGAUCUUGAUCUAUUUGAAAAGCACUUGUUAUUUGGAGUUGAAAAGUCUGCUACUUCACUGUACAACGACUUGGAGGAAUCAAAAGCAAUUUCAUCACUUUACAUAUUCUUAAAAUUAUCUUUAAAGAGCGGAGAGAGAAAUGUCAGAGGAAGCGAUUAUGCUGAUUCCGAUCUAUCUUUGGCGUUUAUUAAGGGCCUUGCACAUCAGAAAGCAUUUAAUGACAUUUCAUUGCUUGUAAUCUCAGCAUUGAUUAUUCAAGUUAAAUGGCAAGGAGAAUCAAAUUGUUCUAUAUUUGCUCAAAGUUUAUUGCGACGUGCUCUCAAGCAACAUCCAAACAUAUUUAACAAGCUCUUCAUUCAAGAACGAAUGAAAGAAGUAGAAUCGAUGUCACAAUCCAACAAUGCUCUGUUUGAAGCAAGUUCUCAAAUUGAAUCAUUGGAAAAAAAUCAGGCAGCUCUUUUAGCACUGCACCGUGACUUUUGGAAAGAAUGUGCCAAUGAGCAUAUUAAUUUUGACACUCUCGAAAAUAUUAUCCGAUUGAAUGCAAACUUUUUAGAGAACUUUGAAUUCAACAAAGAGCUCGCCCAACAACUCUUCGCAGAAGCCAAUUCUAUUGAAGACGAUGAAACAAAGAAACGAAAGGGAGGGCUCAAUUCUAGUUCUAAAAAAGGUAAUCGAGUGGCACCAGCUGCUUCUUCUGAAUACUAUAGCAAGUAUGAAAUAUCCUCAGCUAUUCCAUUGGAUGAAAGCUUUACAGAAAUUGGAGCUGAAGCUAAGGAUGAUGGCUUUGAGUUGGAAAGCGCUUUUGAUAAUCCACAGAUGAAGAAAGAAAAUAUAUUCCGUCAAGCGUUAUUCAAUUCGAGAGACCACAAAUUAUUUAGUAUCAUUUUGGUCGUUUAUUUUGCUCUCGCUUUUGGUAUCAUGAUAGCAUCUAUUGCCUUAAGUGUUUACUACUCUCAAGCUGUCAUGUCACAAGUUCCAUACGUUGAACAGGUGUGUUUUCCUGGAACGAUACCAAUGUCUACAAUACGAAAUAUCAGAGCUACUCAAAACUGGGUGAAUGUUUUUUAUUUAUUCGGCUAUUCGUGGCCAUCGACUAAUGAUGGAUUUCCAACUGUAACCAAGUUAUUUUACAUUACAGAUCAUAUUACUCAGUUGACAAGAAGUAUUGAUUUUUUCAACAGACUGAUAGCUGUAGCUCAAGCCAAUACGUUCAGUAAUGAUGUCUACUCUGAAUAUUCCGAAAACAAAUAUACGUUAUACUUUCCCAACGAAGACCCAUACAAAAAGAAUGUAUAUACAGGAUCCUAUUCUUCUAAGAAUGCAUCUAUUUAUGAAAUAACCAAUGCAUUAAUUACAGCUACCCAAAAUGUGAUCACCAACUACCCUCUUUCUACUCUAUUAAGUAUUGAGACAGGUAAUAACACCUUUCAAAGGACACAGACACUUUUAAAUCGUGUUGCUGCACAUAGUUAUUUCAAUCCAUUAACUGACUAUAAUUUUAUGUUUCUUUGGAUUAAUCGUGAGAAUACAGCCGCUGCCUAUGAAAGCUUUUGCAAGGCAUAUUUAGAUCGGUCAUUUAGCGUCAUUAAUAACUCCAUGAAUGAGUUUGUCAUCUAUCUUGCAACAAUACUCAGCUUCUUUGUUCUAAUAAGCAUCCUAUUCUUUAUUUACAUUUAUUAUGAGCUGAAAUAUCUGAGAAAGGUAUCACGAAUCUUUGGAAAUCAAAUUCAAAAGGAUGUUGUUGGCAAGAUAUUCCAAACAUUGAGCAAGAAAGCUGAAAGUGGAGCCGUACAUCAAAGAAAACGAUUUUCAUUGAACAAAGCAAGUGCAAAAUAUAUUAUAUUACCGCUAUUCAUUUUUGGAGUGUCAUGUGUAGCAGUUUGUGUGGCACUAAUGUUCACGGAGAGCAAUUUGAAUGCGAAUACAUCAUCGUUGACAAUGUCGAAGGUUAGACUAAGCGUUCAAGCGGCCCUUUCUGUGGAAAGAGCAAGUAUUAACAUUGGUGAAACAUUUACUUAUUACGGAGCAUCGGAAAUUACAAAAUCCAACUCACCAUUACCGCCUCUCUUUAAUCGAACAGUGAAUUUUGGAGAUACUAAUUUGUGGAAUACUACUAAUUUUGAGUUUUUAAUCACGAGAAUAUCCAGAAGAACUGCCGAAUUGACGAAACAGUUUUCGUCCCUUAUUUAUGGAGAUGCAUCCAAAGGAUUAUCUUCAAUCAUUGGACAAUAUCCUGCCGUUGAUACUAUUAUUACUAUUGGUAUGGACAAUUGUACAGACUACAUGAAAAAAAACAAUAUCACGUACACUUUCACAAGCAACUUGCUGUAUUGCAGGGGUAUGGAAAAAGUGUUGUCUGAUUUUGUGACACUUUCUUCUCUAGUGAUAACCGAUUCAAGAAAAGCCUAUCUCCUUCAACAAGAUGCCCUUGCCAACAACACUCUAUUGAGUCCUGUCUCCGUUGCAAUGCAGCACUAUACUAUUUUCCGUACUGCUGCUCCAUUGUUGAAUAAGUUUGUCAUGUUUAUUAGAGAAUUUGUGAAAAGCUCUUCACAACCCUCUUCCAUUGUUGUGACAGUAUCCGCAAUAUUUGGAAUUUUAUUAACAUUUUCAAGCUUUGUAGGAAUUUGGUUCAUGUUUUCCAAUUAUUGGAAUCAUAUUCAAACAUUAAGAUUAAUGCUAAAUUACAUUCCAAUUGAAAUGAUGGAUAGAAAUGAGACUCUGAGAGAGUACAUGCUCAAUCAUUCUGUUGAUUUGAUAACAAAGAAAAAAGCCAAAAAGAAGAAGAACUUAAACGGAGACGAUGAUUGCAUACAUAAUUUGAAGAUUGUGUUUAAUUCUAGCGUGGAGGGUGCUAUCAUUUGUUCAGAAUCUGGAGAAAUGGAACUAUUCAAUGCUUCUGGCUUGAGAAUGUUUGGCAUGAAAAUGAUUGAUAUUUUGGGUAGCUCAAUUUAUGAUCUGUUCGACGAAUCAGCUAGAACCGAGAUUAAGAAAAGAGUAGACGCAUUGGUUGGAAAAUCUAAACAAACAGCAGACGCUGUCAGCAGCAGUAGUAUGGAAGAUAUGACAGUCACGAACCAACUUGUGGAAUCAAUUGAAGUGAAUUGCAUACGAAAAAAUAUGACCAAAUUCCCAGCCAAGUUCACUUUUUAUGUUGUGAAUUUGGAAGGCAGAAUAGGAACCUCUAUGGUUGUCACCUUUAAAGACAUCACAUUGGAAAAGAAGCAAAAUGCCUUGUUGUGA